AUGGAGUCUACAUACAUAAAUGAUAGAGGAACAUACUUUGGAGUUGGAAGCCUAGGAAUUUACAUCAACGGGAAGCGGAAGUACCCUGGAAGCUCUUCUACUUUCACAACCCUGCAACAACAGCUUGAAGACGCUAAUCGCAAGAUAGAGGAACAAGCAGCUCUACAAGCAGAGCGUGACGCAGAGGCUUCACGGGUUGCAGCUGAGGCUUUGCGGUCGCCUGGUCCGGAUGAUAAGCCGCCUGGUCCGGAUGGGUACAUGUCGGAGUUCUAUAAGUCCACUUGGGAGAUUUUGGGAGCAGAGUUUGUCAUCGCGGUUCGGUCUUUUUUUGCUAAAGGAUUCCUACCUAAGGGUGUUAACUCAACCAUAUUGGCUCUGAUUCCUAAGAAAGUGUCUGCUCAGGUGAUGCAAGAUUACCGUCCCAUUUCUUGUUGCAAUGUGCUUUAUAUAGUUAUCUCCAAAAUCAUUGCAAAUAGGCUGAAAAGGGUGUUGCCAAAGUUUGUGUCUAGUAACCAGUCUGCUUUUGUGAAAGAUCGGUUAUUGAUUGAGAAUGUGUUGCUGGCAACGGAGAUAGUUCUUAUGGCUAUGCAGUUCCCUCCUAUGUUUAUUCAGUGGAUAAUGUUAUGUGUCACUACUGCCUCUUUUUCUAUUCAAGUAAAUGGAGAGCUAGCUGGAUUCUUUUGUAGUUCUCGGGGUCUACGUCAGGGUUGUUCCUUGUCUCCAUAUCUGUUUGUUAUUUGUAUAGACGUGCUCUCCAAACUGUUGGACAAAGCGGCUGCAGAUCACUCGUAUGGGUACCAUCCCCGAUGUCGAAAUCUUAGACUCACGCAUUUAAGCUUUGCUGAUGAUCUAAUGCUACUCUCUGAUGGUAAGCUACGGUCGAUAGAGGGGAUCACCGCGGUUUUUGAACAUUUUGCAAAGAUAUCAGGCUUAACUAUAAGUAUGGAAAAAUCCACUCUUUAUCUGGCGGGUGAUGUGGCUCAACGGUUGGAUACUGUUCAGUUUCCCUUUGAGAUUAGAAAGCGUAUUGGAUCAUGGACGGCUCGCUAUCUUUCAUUUGUUGGUCGGUUUAAUUUGAUCUCCUCGAGCUCUACUACGUUGGGUUCUUGGGUAUGGACAAAGCUUCUUAAGCAUCGGGAUUUAGCUAAAUCUUUUUGUAAGGUGGACGUGGGUAAUGGAGAACAAACCUCUUUCUGGUUUGAUAACUGGUCGGGGUUAGGCGUACUUGAUGAGGUAGUGGGAGGUAAUGGUGUUCUUGAUCUAGGGAUUGCUAAGCAAAGUACGGUAGCCGAAGCAUGGACUCAUCGUCGUCGGCAACGACGUCACCGAGUAUAUGUGUUUAAUAAGAUUGAAGAGGCAUUGCAUCUGCACUGGUUUUCCACUCGGGACACAUGGAAUCACAUUCGCACAACCUCAAGUACGGUGUCAUGGCAUAGAGGGGUUUGGUUUGGUCAUGCUACGCCAAAGUUUGCGUUUUGUGUGUGGUUGGCAGCUCUUGAUAGGAUCUCGACGGGAGUUCGUAUGGUGGCGUGGAAUGGGAGUGCUGUGGGGGUGUGUGGUUUUUGUCAGCUUACCAUGGAAACGAGGGAUCAUCUGUUCUUCUCCUGUCCUUUUGUAUCCUUGGUGUGGUCGGAUCUGGCUAAGGGUCUGCUCAAAACACGGUUUUCAACGGACUGGUCUACAAUAUUUGCUUAUAUCUCCAAUCCGCAACUUCCAUUGGGUGAGGGUUUCCUUAUCCGCUACGUCUUUCAAGCAGUUAUCUACGCCAUUUGGAGGGAGAGGAAUGGUCGAAGGCAUGGGGAGAAGUCGCAGAGUGCCCCUACUCUUAUUGCAUGGAUUGACCGUCAAGUUCGGGAUCAGCUACUCUCUAUAGGCCUAAUGGGGGAUAAGCGAUAUGAGGAGACUUUCCAGAUGUGGCUUCAAACUCGACUCUAG